GCAGGACAAGCUCGGCGACGUCGACUUCCCCUUGCCUCAGUUCAUCCUCCUCGGCAAGCAGUCGGUCGGCAAGAGCCGCCUGAUCGAGUCCCUCGCGGGGGAGACCUUCAACUUCGUCUCAGGCACGCUCGGCAGCCGGAGGCCCACCGUCCUGGAGUUCCGGAACGUCGCGGGCGCCACCGCCUCCAGGUGGUUCGUGCGGGACAAGGCGACCAAGCAGUGGAACGAGCACUCGGUCGCGGAGGUGAUGACCAAGAUCGGGGCCGCGCACGAGGAGUUGGGCGAGACGGUGUCCGAGGACCCCUGCUGGGUGCGCAUCGAGUCCCCCGGCUGCGUGGACAUGUCGAUCGUGGACCUCCCCGGCUUCCGCGACUUCUCGAUCGACGAUGCCAAGAAGGAGCUGUCCAAAAUGAUAGAGGAGCUGAACGGCAAGUUCAUGAGGGACCCCCGCAACGUGAUGCUGUGCGUGGAGCAGUGCGGCGACGCCUCCACCAUGUCCACGCUCGCCAAGUGUCGCGAGCUCGACCCCACCUUCAAGCGGACGAUCUUGGUCCGCAACAAGCUCGACAAAUACUACUCCGACCUCGAGCCAUCCAACAUCAACAAGUGGGUCGAGGGCCACGGCGACCUGCCGCCCACGCUGGUCCGCUUCGCCCUUACGCUGCCCUUCUGGCAGGACGGACAGGCGCCCCCGAAGCCGUUCGUGCAGAUGCGGGCGGACAAGUGCGCACAGGACCGCCAGGAGCUGCAGUCGAAGGGGAUCGAGGCCAAGUACCUGGGCACGAUCGGCUUCGACGCUUUCGCGGGCUACAUGUCGAAGAAGAUAGAGAUGCUCUUCAACGACUCCAUCCAGCCCGUCCUCGACAAGCUGAAGGACCUCAAGCUCGCCAACAGCAAGAAGGCCGAGAGCCUGAAGACCGAGUACGAGGAGACGGACCCCAACGCCAUGGCGGCGACGACGCGCGCCUGCGGCGAGUCUUUCGCGGGCGCUCUGAACCAGGUGAUGGAGGGGUCCUUGAAUGUCACGGUGGGCCGCAUGGACCUGCCUACGGAGAUGAGGUUGUUCCACGAGCACCACGCGAAGAACGGCUCCAAUCAUUUCGUCAUGCUGCCGUCCGACGACUUCGCCGGGCUGGACGACUACAUCGAGUACCUCACCACGGAGAUCAACCUCGGGGCGCACAACGCCGAGGUGAACGGGGGCGCCCAGUUCCGGCGCGUCAUGGGCGAGGUGGAGAUCUUCCUGCGGUUCUCCGAGAUCGCGGUGGAGACCAAGAAGCGCGACGUCAUCCAGGCCCGCGGCGUCUCCAUGAGCUCGCUGACCUGGCGCGACGUCGUGGUGAAGCUGCUCGGCAACGAGGCGCACCUGCCGCUCCAGCGGCGUGUGCAGUACGUGGGCGAGAGAUUGAAGUGGUUCUUCGAGAUUCAGAAGGAAGUUGUCAUCGAUUUCAUGAGCAGCCUCGAGGGCAACCCGACCGCGAACAUGUUUUCCCCCAUGUACACAAAGCACGUAAAGCUCAUCAAGCAGAACCCAAUGAUCAAGCACCUUCUCUUUACCGCGUACGACGAGGCUGUGGAUCGCCAGCUCAACCAGUUCAUACUCCUGUUCUCCAACAUGCUGACCUCAACGUUUUCGAACCCCUGGGUCAAUUUGAAAGCGGCCACCGUUGACCACGCCGCGGACGUGGAGGAUGAUGACCUGGGGACGAGGAUGCGCAUCCCCGAGGAGAUCGAGAGCCGCUCGGGAAUGGACAAGGUCCUCAACGGGUGGCUGAUGCAGAUCCCUGAGGACCCCCAGCAGAUCGACGAGGCCGUGGACAAGGUGCAGAUGCUGGUCCUCAAGAUGUACAGUUACAUCCGCUCCCAGGUGUGCGACCAGGUGGAACUCUUCACGGAGUCUUUCUUCAAGCUCCCUAUGCUGCGCAGGCUCAACGAGGACAUGUCGAGCAUCAAGAUCGACGCUCAGAACCAGAAGAAGUACAUGGAGCGGCGGGAAACUCUGAACCAGCAGCUUCAGGACACGAAGGCCAGCAUCGAGGAGGUCAGCUGGUGCAUCCAGCGCCUGCAGACCUACAAGAUGCAGGUUGACGCGACGUCGAGAUGACAGGCACGCAGGGGAAGACGAUGGCGAGUGCGGCGCGAUUGCCGCUGCGGCGUGAUCGCAACGAUAGCUGGUGGGACGCGAUAGCAGCUGCGACGCGAUGACAGGUGCAGCGCGAUGGCAAGAGCUACUCUCACCGUCUUUCUCGUCAUCAUCAUCCUCAUCAUCCUUAUCGCCCCACAAUCUCGAUGCGGCCUAUGCUGCUCUGCGGGUGCUGCGCCUG